UUCUCCUUCUUUCACUUUCUUCUCUCUAAUCUCCUUCUACCUUGUUCUCUCUUGCUUCUUGCUAAACCUGCUUAUCUAAGCAGGGCAGGGCUCGACGCGCUCACGGCACAGGGGGAGGGGCCUCUCUUGCUUUCAAUCAAUAACCUCUGGAAUUUAGAAAUACAAGUAGAUCCUGUCCCUGGCAGGCUGUACCACACGGCCGAGGGCGGGCUCUCUCUCACACACUGCGCGAACUCCCUAUCCACUUCUGGCACUCGCUCUGUCUGUUUCUGCAGGUCUGACCGGCUCUGGAGCCCAUCACAAUGGCCGAUCACACUUCUCCAGAUUAUUUCAGCUGCUCACUGUGCCAGAAUCUCCUCAAGGACCCUGUGGCCAUCCCCUGCGGCCACAGCUUCUGCAUGGACUGCAUAAGUGGCUACUGGAACGAAGCGGACUACACGGGGAUUUACAUUUGUCCCCAGUGCAAGAUCACGUUCACCCAGAGGCCUGUGCUGCGACCCAAUGCCACCCUCAGCAUGGUGGCCGACAAGAUCAAGAAGAGUGGCCUGAACCUCAACCUGAGCACAUCCCAGGGAAACGUCUACGCCGGGGCGAGCGACGUGCCCUGCGACUUCUGCAUGGGGAGGAAGCUCAAGGCGGUGAAGUCCUGCCUGAACUGUCUGGCGUCUUACUGCGAGAAGCACUUGAGGCCGCACUACGAGUCGGCCACGUUCAAAAAGCACAAGCUGGUGGACGAGCUGGGCAACCUGGACAGGAAGAUCUGCCCGCAGCACCAGAAGUCCCUGGAGCUCUUCUGCCGGACGGACCAGAUGUGUAUCUGUGCCAUCUGCACCGUCAGUGAGCACAGGGGCCACGACAUUGUGUCGGCCGAGGCGGAGAGGGGCGAGAAACAGAAACUGUUGGGAGUAUCCCAAGCUGAGAUUAGACAAAAAUGCCAGGAAAGGGUGAAGGAGCUGGAGGAACUCAAGACUGCGGUGGAUUCGCUCAAGAACUCGGCCCAGAGAGCCAUGGUGGAGAGCCAGAAGAUGUUCGAGGACAUGAUUCGCUCCAUUGAGAGGAUGCGGUCGGAGGUGACCAAGUUGAUCGGCAUCAACGAGAAGGCCGCUUUCAACCAGGCCGAGGCUUUGAUCGAGCGACUGGAGCAGGAGAUCGACGAGCUCAAGAAGAAGGAGUCCGGCCUCAAGCAGCUGCACAGCACCGAAGAUCACAUCCACUUCUUGCAAAACUUUAACUACCUGUGCACCCCAACUGAUGACGGCUUCAUACCCAAGGUGACGGUCAACCCUGACUUCUCCUUCGCCACGGUCAGGAAAGCUGUGGCUGAGAUUAAAGAUCGCCUCGAGGAGUUUGGGAGAGAGGAGCUGCUCAAAAUCUCCAAAACAGUGAACGAGGUCCCAAUCUACACUAAAGAGAGCCGGACGUUGGACAGGAGGAGCAGAGGCAAAGAGAUGACGGUGGACAAUACUCCUCCUCCAGAGCCAAAGGCCAGAGCAGAUUUUAUCAAAUACUUCUGCCAGCUGAAACUGGACCCAGUCACUGCCUACAAAGAGCUCUAUAUCUCCGAGGGCAGCAGGAAGGUCAUCCGCACCAGAGACCUGCAGCCCUACAACGACAACCCUGAGCGGUUCGACAGCUUCGCCCAGGUGCUGUGCCGAGAGGCCCUGUCCGGAGGUCGCUUCUACUGGGAAAUCGAGUGGAGCGGGGAGUUCUCCAUCGGUGUGGCCUACCGAGGCAUCAGCCGCAAAGGCAAAGGCUCGCUGUGCCUGCUGGGCUACAACGACAAAUCCUGGAGCCUCCUCUGUUCUGACACGGGAUACUCCGCCUGGCACAACCGGGUGGACAAAGCCGUGAGCGGGCCGCACUCGUCCAGGAUAGGCGUGUACCUGGACCACGCGGCGGGCGUGCUGGCGUUCUACAGCAUAGGCAGCACCAUGACGCUCCUGCACAGGUUCCAGACCACCUUCGUGGAGCCCGUCUAUCCGGGCUUCGGAGUCGGAACGUCUGUGAAGAUCUGCAGCCUCAAGUGAAACCCUGAUAUAUGAGCCUCCGUCUGAAAAUAUUCCAAAAUUUUUUAAUUUUUUUUAUUUCAUAUAACACACAGCAUUGAAAUAUAUAUUUUUGCAGAAAUGUAUAACUAUAUCAAACCACAUUAAUGGAGUUCCACUAAUUAUGGUUAAAGGAGAAUGUGUGCAUUUUUUUUAACUCAACACAGCCCAUAACGUAUUAGAUUUUUUGCACUGUGCUGUUGAAUCAUAUUUUAAACAUGGUUUACUGAAAUAUUACUGAAAUGUAAGAUCAACGUGUGGAGCAGCUGACAUCUUCUGUAUAAUGUACAAUGGGUUAGUGUGGUGUAAAUUAAACUACCAGUAACAUUUAUUACGCGCGAUCCACUAAGUGUUUUUCCCUCACGUCUAUUAAACAUCAUAAUUUACAUCAUAUUCAGCUCAAACUAUUUAAUCAAAACCGACGCGAAAUCUUUCACAUGUUCUGAUUUUGUAUGAUUUAUUUUUGUAAUGAGAUGUCCCAGUGUGAUGCAAUCUAACUGUAGUUGUUUAUAACUCGCUCUCUUUAAGUGUACGCGUUUUAUAGUGAGCGUUGUUUUGGUUGUGCGCUUUCCGUGCAUUCAAGAAGAGCGCUUCAUUGUCAUUUCAGUUUGUUUUUUUCUUUGUUUUGUUUCAUGUCAUUCGAUGGCUGUUGCAUCUGUUGAGAGCCCUGAAAGUUUGCUUUCACUUGAACUAACUCUUAUUUAAUUUUAUGGCUGUUUUCCAGCAUAAUUAUAUAAUUCAUAUAAAAGCUUUGUUUUGUAAAAAAAAAAAAAAAAAAUCAAUUAUGGUUCUAAAUAAAGAACUAAAUACAUGA